GGCUACUCUCUGCACCUUCCCUUCUUUCUCCCAUCAUGGCAGUAUCGAAGGACACGUGUCGUCUUUGGUUGUUCAUCUCCACUUUCACUGUUUUUCUCGCUCUCUUUCAGCUGACUGAAGCAGGCGGAAAAACUCUCGUCCUUGUCGAUAAUGCCAACACGAAGGAAACGCAUUCCAUCUUUUUUAACUCUCUCAAAGAAAGGGGAUUUGAUCUGGUGUUCCGCUCUGCUGACGAUUCAAGCCUUUCUCUGGUGAAAUAUGGAGAGUUUCUUUAUCAGCAUCUCAUCAUCUUUUCACCAUCUGUUGAAGGUUAGUGUUCAUGACCUCUCUUUCAUAAGG